AUGACAAGUUCUGGAUUGAUGACUUUGGAUUUUCCCAACACGUCGAACCCGUUUACCAAAGCUGGUGGUGAUGCCUCCAACAACACUACGGCAUCAUCAUUGAAACUAAGACCCGCUGGAAAGACGGGCUUGAAGAAAGCUAUUAAUACUGCAACUGCUGUUGCUGCUGCUCCUCCUGUCACAAAGAUUGAAAAGAAAACAAAGCUGUGGCGCUGCGAUUUCUGCAAGAACAAAGUCUUUGAGGACUUUGACAAAGCCUGUGCUCACGAACAAGACUGUGAAAAACGAAUGAAGGAACGCAAGGCCAAGAAACUAGAACAGAAACGUUUGAUGGAGCAACAACAACAACAGUUGCAAGAGCAAGCAAAGCUGAAAUUACAAGCAGAAGCACAGCAAAUAGAGCAACUCCAGAAGCAGCAAGAAAUAGAGCAACAACAAAAGGUAAAGGAGGACGCAGAACGGCAAACCAAGCAACAGCAACAAGUGCCACCUCCAAACUCCAAGCCUGUACAGCAAAACGACCAGCAAGAAGUGCAAACUAAAAAGCAGCGACGAGAGCGAAAUGGUGAAUACCAAGAGAAAAAGAAGAAAAAGCAACCGCAAAUGCUCCCAAAGCCUGAGCAAUCGGUGCAAAAAACGCAAAAACUAGAACCAAAGCGCGAGGAAACAAAAGAAAGCAAACCCAAAGCAAAAUCAAUCACAGCGCCGACGAAUUCCUUCUUUGCUCCUCGAAAGCCAGGAGCUGCAAACGGCAAGAAGCGUACUUCUGACAAGAACGGGAUCGGUGUAGCCAAUGCUUUCUUUCAGCCUCGGACUGCCAAAAAGCAAAAGGGACUUUCGUCCAGCAACACCACUACACCUUCGUCGUCUCAAAUUCCAGCUCUCAGCCAAAGCAGCGUGAUUGAGAUUCUGGACGAUUCACCUCCUUGUAAAAAGGCAACAGCUAGUCUUGAAGUACAAUGCAUUGGCUCCAAAGAGACCAAGCAACGUAAACGAACUCAAAAACAAGACGAAGUGACAGUCGACAAUGCUGAAAAUGUUGCCAAUGCCUUGGCGGCCAUGAUCAAUCGUCAGACUUGUUCCUCGUUUUCCCAAUCCUCCUCCUCCUCUUCAUCAUCAUCAUCCAAGAAUGCUCACUUGCCCGUGGCUGGUAUAUUCAGCAAACCCACCAAGGAGCUCAUUGCCGAACAACGCCAAGCGGAAUUCCAAGCCAAGCGUCGACUCGAACGUCAAAAGGAAUUGGAGCGUCAGCAAAAGCGACAAGCACGAGGCCUGCUCGAGGCGCGGAAAGCUAGUACAAGUGCAACCGCCACCACCAAAACCAAAACGUUAUCUCUGCCCUUGGCGCCACGGUUUCCGGUACCGAGUCACAUUAUGGAAACACCUGAUGUUUUGGAUCCAGUCCAAAUUUGUGUCGCCGAUGAAUGGAAGCGGUCCAUGGACACUGCAGAUGCUUCCUCCUCCUCCUCCUCCUCCUCCUCAUCAUCAUCAGAGACUGUCUCUCACCAAAAGUUAGUGUCGCAACCAUCUGCUUUGGAUUGUCUACCAGAUGCCUCGGAGGAGCAUUCCAUUCAAAACGCCAUGCACCGCGUACUGUUGCCACCACCAACCAAACUGGACAAACUCUUGGUGGAUCAAUACUCGACCAACCUGGUGGGAGAAUCGAUUCAACUAAUCAAACUGGAUUUGGCCAAAUGGGUCCGUGCCUGGUGUGAUGUCCGACAGGAGGCUUGGAAGCGCAUGAUGGAACGCCAACGGAAAUUGGCCAAACGACCCAAAGCUCGCGCCAAGAAAAAGAGUCGCAGUAAGGCUAACAGUGACGACUAUGACGACUUGUGGGUCGAUGAUGAUUUUGGAUUUGAUGGAGAGUUGGGAAAUCUCGUAUUGUUGACGGGAGCUUCGGGGAGUGGAAAGACGUCGCUUGUGCACCAAGUGGCAAGCGAAUGUCAGUGCCCAGUGUUGGAAAUCAACACGACCCAAGCUCGUGGGGGUGCCGCACUCAAGCAUGCCAUUCAAGAAGCCACUCAGAGUUGUUCGUCCCUGGAUAUGAUUCAACGGCAAUCACGAAAGUUGAUGCAGUCACCGUUUGGAGAAGAUUCGGAUGACGAAGAGAAUAAUGGAAAUGGUGAUCAUUCGAAAAAGUCAUCACCAUUGACGGUUAUCUUGAUCGAUGAGGUAGAUUUUCUGUUUGAGGAACAAGGGGAUGCGGGGUUCUGGAAUGCCUUGGGAUCCUUGACCAAGACUGCCAAAUGUCCUAUCUUUGUGACUGCCAACAAAAUGCCGCCCCAAAUGCGCCAACUGCCGAGAUUCCACCACUGGGACCUUCCAAAGCCGUCGCCUGAGGAGUGCAUGACCAAACUGCUACAAGUUUGCCGACAAGAGGGAAUUCCAAUGAGACCCGAAUUGAAGAAGGAUCGAGAUGAAAUCAAAAGCCGACUUUGCCACGUCGCAGAACUCUGUGGGUGCGAUGUUCGACGGAUGCUGAACGAGCUGCAAUCCUUCUGCUAUCCGGUACCCGAUUUGGCAAGUGACAACAAGUGCAAUCAAACGGAUGAGACCAAUUCCACAGACCUUCUAUCAGAUCUGCAGUGGUCAGCAUCUGUACAACUUCCUCAUAUGGAUUCAUUGAAUCUGAACAGAGUUUCGAGGAAGAAGCACUCCAUUGUGACUAUCCACGGGAAGAACUUCGAUUAUCUUCAACGCUUCAAGGGGGAGUGGAAGAUUUUACUGGGAGAUACACCUUGCAAAGCCCACGUGGUGGACGACGAAAAUCUUCUAAUGCUUUGCCCACCAAUAUCACAAGCAUCGAGAAGUUUCGAACCAAUCUCCAUCCAACUUUCAAAUGGCGGGGCAAUUGGCUGCAAUAGCGUGGAGACUUUAGAUCUACCUGGUGAAUCAAAAGUCAAUGGCCGCAAGUGUGUUUGGUUGCAAUAUGAAGAUGCCGAAAUCUCACAAGAAGAGGAUGACGAUGACGACGACGAUGAGGAGAUCGAAUUUGAGGGAAGUGGAGGAGGGAAACCGAAGGAAGAAUCGAAAGUUUCCAUUGCACCGAAGGAAGAAAUAGAAGAGGACAAGAGUAUAUUGGAAUCGUGGAACAGUAUCACUGUAGAGCAAAGCGCAGAUGAGAAGGCGUCAGUGGAGCCGGAUUCGGAGUCCCGUGAUAAAGCCCUCUCAGCUUUGGAAAUGCUUGCCUGUAACGCCUACGAUAUGAGUGAUGCAGCACUCUUAGAUGACCUUCAGCAUGGCGUGCCAUCUUUGUCUGGUGCUUGUCAGGGAUAUGGGUUUGAUUUGACUGAUGGCUCGGAAUGUGAAAAAGGAAAAAUGAAGAUGAGUGAGCAGCUUCGACCACCGAGAGAAGAAAAGCUUUACGAGUUGCAAUGGAAGGAUAAUUGCUAUUUCUUUGGAAAUACCGAAACCUACAUGGUCCAUCCAAACACUGCAUUGGAGCGACGAUUGAUAAACUCAGAAAUGCUGUAUUCCCGGGGGCACGAGUAUCAUGCCGCGGCUCCAGCUCCGAGUGAGUCGAAGGAAGAAGGAGAAGAUGAAAUCAACAUCGAAGAUUUGGCGACCGAAACAACACUCUCCAUGCCUGAAGACAAGUACCUACCUCAGCAAACAUGCUCGUUGGUAUUGUCACUUCCGUCUUUGAUUCGACAAAGUGUCGGGGGGAAAUCCAGCAACUGUCUUUCAUUUGACGAAUCUCUCUUCAAUACGAGCCGAAAGCAGCACUUGCUAGAAGCUUACGAACUGACAGCCUGCAUGAGAGGACUUCAACGCCACCGACAGACAUACGUGAUUCCUCCAUCAGUAGCUGAAAACAAGACGAGCGCAACAUAUAUUCUGGAGUUGCUACCCAUGCUUAAACGAGUGUCCGUAUUGGAACUAGAUUCUGAACAAAUAUGUCAUGUGGCAUCCGAAGACCGCAAAGUUCGUUCCACACGCAACAGAUCCCGCCGAGGAAGGAGGCACUACUUUGAGAAGCUUGGCUUCGUUGAAGGGCACGGUCAAGAUUCGACUGCCAGCAAAGCGGGUCAAUCAUUGGCUCAGUCCUUCUUGGUUUACGACAAAACCGAGAAGGCGACUUGCAUCAGUCGAAUCAAAUAG